AUGGGAUCAUCAACAGCCGUACAAGCCUCAACAAAGACCGACACAGCGCCGAAACACAAAGCAGCGCGCAUGGAGGAGUGGUUGCAACUCCCACUCCGAGAGUGGCCGGAUAUGGAACGUUGGAUGACAGUGAUGUCAGACCAAUUCAGCAUCGAGCAACCGAGAGAGAGGAUUCCAGACACAUCAAGGGGCGGUUACGCAAUACCUGUGACUCCUAUUGAUGAUGAUGAAACGCGUACUUCGGGGGUAUCUGAUGAGCUGUAUUCAGGGACCAACCCGCAUGGAUGGCAGCCUGGGGGUAGCAGGAUCAGUACAGGGAGUCUGUAUGAUGCUCAUCAGCCGCGCCCUAGGAUGAUAACUUCCCCGGCUUAUUAUGGGCAACAGGUUGCGGUGGAGCCGGAGGUCCUGCCGUCUCCCUCGGCUGGGAGAAUCCGGCAUGAGGUGGAUGAUGCUGUCGGUGUUUCUGUUGUGGAUCAUGCAAAUGCAGGAGCUGUUGUGGAGUCGCGAUCGACAAGGGCUGAAGAGUUGUCACACAAUUAUCCUAGUCUGUAUUUCUGA